AACCACCCAUCUUAAUCCCUCUUCCAUCCCUUCACCCAUCACAAUGAAGACCUUUGCCGCAGCAGCCACCUUCCUAGCCACCGCCCUGGCCCAGAACGCCGCCAUUGGCCUCCCCAAGGCCGGCCAGACCGUCCAGCCAGGGCAGAGCCUCACCGUCCAAGUUCAGCGGCCUAACACCAUCACCGGCUCCCAAGAAAUGGCCGUUGCCAUCGGCUUCCAGUCCUGCGCCAGCGGCAACUGCUACGCGGCCGACGAAUACAUGGGCACCAUCCUCUACAACGGCGCCUUCAACCCCGUCUACCACGAAUACUACCUGCCGCCGUACGAGAACUUCACCGUCACAGUGCCCGCGUCGGCGGCGGCGGGCCAGGCGGUCAUCGGGGUGGCGCAUGCCACUUUGGUCGGGGCGUCCGCGGCCCCUUACUUGGAGGUUUUGAACCAGACGGUUACUGUUGCUUAGAUUGUUAGAUUGGGGUGAUUUUGGGGGGUGCGUGUAUAUACUAUUCGUGGGUGGUGGUUCAUGUUCGCUUCUGCUGUUGAAUUUAUUGUCGUUCUGUGUGUAAACGAUGACACGUGGUAGAUUGUAGGUUGUGGUGCUGCUGCUUCGGAGUUGAGAAAGGUGGGCAAGGGGGACGUGUCGGGAUUGCAUUAGAGCGGCUUCGGCUGCGCACCUUGCCCUGCCUUUCUCCUUGCAUCUAAUGAGCCCACUAUCAAGUCUGGGCCUAUAUCCAACAGCAAACAGCUGCAAUACUUCUGCUUCUUCUUCACUCGAUUUUUGAUUUCUUGUUGUUUUCUCUUGCGCUUGCAAAUGCAUGUAGUCCAGGCCAGUAUUCGGCUGUUCACCUAAAAUCACAUUAUUUUUUUGUAAUGGC